GAAUACCAGCCCGUCGAUGUCAACAUCCGGGUACGUCAUAUCCCUACAGUGCUUGUCAAACAUGGCGUUGCUUCUAAGGACAUUAGCCAGGCAGGGUGUGUGCCUGGCUAGACCACAAUAUGCUGUGCUAUGCAGACAUACUGCUCCAAUGGGCACCACAGCAAAGGAAGAGAUGAACAAGUUUUGGGCCAAAAACAACAAAUUAAGCCGACCCAUGUCUCCACAUAUCACCGUCUACAACUGGUCCGUCCCCAUGGUGAUGUCCAUCACGCACAGAGGCACCGGCGUGGGACUCAGCGGAGCCAUCUCGGCCCUGGCCCUUGCGGCCCUUGUCCUGCCUGGUAGCUACCCCCACUACCUGGACCUGAUCAGCGCCCUGUCGGUCGGCCCCUACCUGAUCGGCCUCGCCAAGUUCGGCCUCGCCUUCCCCGUGUCCUUCCACACCUUCAACGGCGUCCGCCAUCUGAUUUGGGACAUGGGAAAGGGCUUUAAGAUCCCCGAGGUCUACCGUUCAGGCUACACAGUCAUCGCUCUGUCCGUCCUCGCCUCCUUGGCCCUGACCUGCCUCUGAGACACAACAACACAUGAGGGGGGGGGGGGGGGGUGAGGACGAGGGAGGGGGUGGAGGCACUGAUUAAGACCACAAGGGAUGGAAAUGGAAGAGAUUGGCCCUUGAAUGGAGGGAGGGUUAAGAUAUGUGGACAUGAAGGGGCCCGGAAUGUUUCUUCUUUAUUUCUGUGUGUUUAUAUGUUCUCUCUCCCUCAAGGAGAGAGGCCCUGCACUCUACUACAACAUGAAUUAAAUAAAAGAUUAUAUUAUGUGCAACACGA